AUGUCAGAUGGAGACCCGCCGCCUCGGACGAAAGAAAGUAGUGUUAUCGUGCACACCCUUGAUGUGAGAAACACGGAACAUUGCGUUUGGAAACUCUCUAUGGUAUUAGUCCGAGUCGUAGUCAAGUUCACGCCCUGGGGACGAGUGCUUAAAAAGGAGGUUGAUCGCGCGAACCUUACACCCACUUUAAAGCCGCUCGCUUCAAGUUGCCAAGAUUUGGAAAAAAACUGGAGGGUGGGUAACUAUUUUUUCACGUCAGAAUUCGAAGUCAUCAAAAUGUACGGAAAGUCACCCCUGUCCGUACCUCCGAGGUCGUAUUAUCUGAUAACGUAUACCCGUGGCAGCCACGACCAUGACAGGAAGUUCUGGUCCAGCACAUUACAACUAACGGACGUGUUCGUUCGUAUCAUGCAAGAAGGUUUACACUUUAGUCGUUCUGAUAUGGUUGCUCCGAAAGCGGCGGGAUUGAUUCAUCUGAUGGACACAAUGGACGCCUUCGAGAAUCCCGCGGAAAGACGGGUCGUGGAGGUAACCAGCGGUGGCGACAUGCGACUCAUAUUGCAGUUCAUUCUGAGUCUCAAGCUUGCGGGCCGUCAUACAUCCCAUGGCGAAAAAUAA